UAGAAUGUACACUCAAGAACAGGGUCUGGCCAUGGGAUCCCCAAUAUCCCCCGUAUUAGCCAAUAUGUACAUGGAAGAGUUUGAAAAGAAAGCAUUACCCAAUUUCCGUGGUGCCCUGAAAGUAUGGUGGCGCUACGUGGAUGACACUUUUGCGAUUAUAAAAAGGGAUAAAAAAGAAGAAUUUUUAAACUAUUUGAACUCUAUUGACAAUGCGAUAAAGUUCACAAUGGAACUUGAGUCGCAGAGCGGUACACUUCCGUUCCUUGAUUGUCUGGUACAUAGGAAGGAAGGAACGUUAAAAACAACGAUGUAUCGCAAACCAAUGGACACAGAUGGGGUACUCAGCUAUAGUUCAAGCCACCCAAAGCACGUGUACGCGGGAAUCGCCUCAUCACUAUUUCACAGAGCAAGUGCUCUGUGCACGGAGGAAGAAGAUAAGAAAGCAGCGCAGAGGGAAGCGAUGAAAAACUUAAUAGCUAGCGGAUAUCCGAAACGAUUAGUGAAACGACAGCUACAGAAAUGUCUCAACCCACGCGCAACUCCAACCGCAGAGUGGAUAGCGACAGUGGGUAUUCCGUAUAAAGAAGGAACCUCGGAAGCGAUUCGGAGAGUACUGAAUAAGGAGAAGAUAAGGGUAGUUUUCCAGAAGGGUCGAACUCUACGGUCCACACUUGUGCACCUGAAGGAUACACUCCCUUUAGAUAGAACAACUAACUGUAUUUACAAAAUUCCAUGUAAAGAUUGUACACAAGUGUAUAUAGGCCAAACAGCGAGGGAAUUACGUACAAGGAUUUCAGAACAUAGGCGACACAUAUCACGACCUCCGCGAAAUGAGCUAGAGUAUGGAGCUCUACUCAGAGAUUCAGCAAUAGCAAUGCAUGCGCUAGACACGGGACAUAAAAUUGACUUCGAAAAUGUGGAGGUAAUCAGGAGGGGAUUACGAUCAGCCAAACAAAGGCUGAUUGCUGAGGCUAUAGAAAUAACCAAGGCUAACAACUGCGUGAAUAGAAUAGACGGAGUAGGGCUGUCCAGUGCCUGGCGUCCAGUCUUACUCCGGCCAGCUUUGUAAGCAUCGGCGGAUGGAUCCCAAGUCGGAAUGAACUAUCGGCCCACCCUCCACCAAACUCCGAAGUACUAAAGCCAAAUUCUAUCGGUGUCCAAGUUCCCUGCAACGGUUCAAUUAAGAUUGUUAACCACAAUGCAAUUAUCCACGGACCGGCAAUUUCUUUCCCCCAUUUGACCCUGACUGAAACAAACUACAGUGUACCCGCGAACAUAUUGACCUUUGACCGCUGUUAUCAUUCAUAGAUGAACUGCAAAUUGAUUCGUCUUUGUAUGUAGUUUAGCCAUGAUCGCUAUAUAAUGACAAUGUUUAGAUAAUUCACUUCGCCUGAUGAAGCAUUUGUGUCAAAUGCGAAACGUUGUGUAUCCUCAUAAAUACAUUAACCGG